AUGGAACAUGGGUGGAAUUACAUCUCGCUCUUCGUCUUCUCCCUCAUCCUCAUUCUCGCCAACGCAGCCUCGGUCCACAGCGCCAACACCCGUCGCCAACUAGUAGCCGCCAUCGAACCCAACACCGUCCUCGUCGAGCACCACGAUCAGGGCUAUCUUGCCCCAGCGAUACCCUUCCUCAAACCAUUUACAGCCACAACAGCUCCAGCAACAACAGCAACAGAAACAAACAAAAUAGAAGCAGUAUACCUCCCCCCCUCCUCCUUCCCGCCCGAAGCAUCCUGCAUGAUGGCCAUCUGGUCUCUCAUAGUCGACAUCCCCACCCCCGGCCCUGCUCUCUCGGCCGCCCUCCACCAAGCCAAAGACACGCUCGCCCCUUCGGCCAUGGCAAGCCCUCAAUGCACCAUCACGCUCCCCGCCACAUUGUCAAGCGAGUACGGGGUGUACACAUCCAGAGUGAGUAGCUGGGUGAGCAAACACAGCGAGGAGCUGGAUACGUUGGAUAGUGUUUGUGCGGAGACGUCGCGAGAUAUGAGGACGGGGCCAGGGUGUACGGCGCCGGUUGCGGUUUUUACUGGUGCUAGUUCUGUUGGUGCUACUUCUACUGGUGCUACUUCUACUGGUGCUACUUCUACUGGUGCUACUUCUACUGGUACUAGUACGGCUGCGGGUGGCGGAAGUGGAGGUGGAAGUAGCACUGCGAAGGCUACGGGGUCUAGUACCGGGGUGAUGACAUCAACCAAGACGGGAACAGGGAUGACAACGACGACGACGACGAUGGCUACUGUUACCAGUUCGGUGACGACUUCGCUCACGGGGUCGGCGACAACUGUGGCGGGGGCGACGAGCUCGCAGUCUGUGUCGGGGCCGCAACAAGCGGGUGGUGCGGCGAGGGUGACGGGUGUGAUGGUUGCUGCAAUGGUGGUGGCUGCAAUUUUGGCGGUUGUUGUUGCGCUGUGA